GCACUGAAGGAGCAAUCAAUUGGUUUGUGUUAUGGAUUGUGUGUUGAGUAGAGACACACUCUGAGAGAGAAACUGUUUAGUAAAACACAGUUAGCAUUGAGUGACUGCACAACCCUAUGAUGGCUUUCGGGCCAAUCCAUAGCAUAAACGAUAACAUGAUUGGCAACAAAUGUAUGCCCGAAGACACCGAUUGUGAUUUCAAUGAUAAUCAGUCCAAACAAUUUCGUUGGGGACCCAAUCAUGUGGGGGCCAAACAAUUGGCACAACUUUAUACUAACGGGAAACGAUAUCAAGAAAUUAUUUGCAUUAUAAUCGCAUCAAUUCUAAUAUUAGUAGACUUUCUAUAUUUGAUAUAUUAUUUCGAUGCUUCCAAAUGGUGUUCAAUAGUAUUGGCCGCAUUUUGCGGAAUAAUAUCAGCAGACUUUUUGAGUGGUUUUGUCCAUUGGAUGGCCGACACGUGGGGUACGGUUGAGAUGACAAUAGUGGGCAAAGCAUUUAUCCGCCCAUUUCGUGAGCAUCACAUCGAUCCGACUGCCAUUACAAGACACGACUUCAUUGAAACAAAUGGUGAUAAUUUUAUGGCUAUUAUUCCCGGACUCAUCUAUUUAUUUUACUUUUUUCGUUCAAAUGAUUAUAAAAUUAUUUAUUUAAACUAUAACUGGAUUUGUUAUCUCUAUUUGUUGGCAAUAUUUGUCGCUAUGACUAAUCAAAUACAUCAAUUAUCACAUAUUUACGGUCCGUUACCUGUUUGGAUAAUUUGUCUGCAGGACAUGCAUAUAAUCCUUCCCCGAAAACAUCAUCGAAUACAUCAUAUCUCUCCUCACGAAACAUACUUUUGCAUAACGACCGGUUGGCUCAACUUUCCAUUAGAGAAACUACACUUUUGGUCGACACUGGAGGUGAUUGUUGAGGUGAUGACGGGUUGCAAACCCCGAUCCGAUGACCUUAAAUGGGCUCAAAAGGGAUUACAUUCAAACAUUGAUAGCAAUUCACUCAAUAUUGACGAACAAAAAGUCAUUCCUUCUCAUUGAUGACUAUUUAUUAACUAAUUAGA